UGGGGGGGCGGGAGAAAGUUUGGAAUCCGACACAAGCUGUGAGCCUGACCUUUUCAUUCAGGCUCUUUGAACGAUCAGUUUUUUUUCUCUGCUUUAAUUGAAGUGUUACGGUGGCACUGUUAUGAAGCCCCGGCCCCUCGCAGCUGCUGGUGCGCGAUCUGCCAGCCCGUUCAUGAAGUCUCUCUGAGAUGGUUUUGACCACAAUGCUCUUCAACUUUGCAGCUGAGUGCUGAAGGUGCCGAGGUCCUGGACCUGGGACGACGGGCAGGGGGACCCUGGACGAACACUGGGACCCGAUUCCCACAUGCACCCUGGUGUCUUCAUUCCCCGUUGCCUCCCUUUUCUCCAGAAAAUGUGACUUCAUGGUGGGUCUUUUUUCUUUCUCUUUGGUUUUGCAGCCGUGGGGGGAGGGGGGUAGAGCGGUUAUGCUUUAGGCCAGAACCCCACUCAGAAACAGCCAACUACUUCCCUUUUUUUUACCUUCCUGAGACGUUCAACCCUAACCCUUACCAUAAAGUGUGGGAUCGCUCAGAGACUCUACCUACCAGGCCCUUGAGGCCCCUCAUUGUUUUCCUGGGGUGGCCACGGGGCCGCCUGGGGGGCAGACAUGGCUGCACUAGCCAGCUCCUUGAUCCGCCAGCGAAGGGAGGUGAAGGACCCUCAGGUCAACAGACAAGUCUCCAGCAAGCGCAAGCCUUGCCCCAAGAGCAACAAGUCCUUGUGCCAGAAGCAGAUCCUCGUGCUCAUCUCCAAGGUGCGGCUGUGCGGCAGCCGUGGCAGGAGGCUGGAGAAGAGACCCGAGCCGCAGCUGAAAGGCAUCGUCACCCGCCUUUACUGCCGCCACGGCUUCUACCUGCAGAUGCUUCCGGACGGCACUAUGGACGGGACGAAGGACGAGAGCAGCUCCUUCUUGUUGUUCAACUUGAUCCCCGUGGGACUGAGGAUCGUGGCCAUCCAGGGCACCAAGAGUGGACUGUACAUCGGCAUGAACAGCGACGGAUACCUGUACACAUCAGAACACUUCACGCCAGAGUGCAAAUUCAAAGAAUGCGUCUUCGAGAACUACUAUGUGACGUAUUCCUCAAUCCUCUACCGGCAGAGCCAGUCAGGCCGAGCUUGGUACAUUGGAAUCAACCGGGAAGGGCAGGUGAUGAAGGGCAAUAGAGUCAAGAAGACAAAGGGGGCAGCUCACUUUCUGCCCAAGCUGAUUGAAGUGGCUAUGUACAGGGAACCCUCUCUUCAUGACGUGGCAGAGCAGAGCCCACCAAGGAAGACAGCCAAAACAUCUGACUCACCUAUCCUACAGAAUGGCAAGAAAGAUCUUCCAAAGGCUAAUGCCUCCUAGCCCAUGGAGAAAAACAGUAUGAAAGGGGACAGUGAUCUUCCGGGGAGGUCAAUCACCCUUCAAGCUCUGGUGUUAGGGGAGCUCUUUCAGUCUCCACAUUAUUGAAACAGUGUCCACACCCUCUCACCACUCAGCUCUACCCUACUCCACCUGGGAUGGCCAAGCAAUAAAAAAAAGCCAUGAUGGGGCUGUGAUGUUUUCUCAUACCCAGGGUACAACAACAGUAAAGCAAUGAUUGCAUUGCCUAUUGAAUGACCCUGUACUUCUCACCCCUCAUGCAGCCACACAACGCUGUCUGCAAGAAUCACCUUUUAUGUUUGACAUGGACAUUGCAUUACCUUCUAGACUGUCCAUCAAAGAAUUUAAACUGAUCUCAUCAGGUCUAAAUAAUCCUAAGAAAAUUGCACUCAUGCCCGCCAUUCACAAAUCAACUAAACCCACCACAACUGUGCGUUCUCAGGUUUUCCACAACCAUUUGAAACUGAAGGAGGCUGUUGUAAAUGUAUUUCAACUGAAGGAGCAGCCACAAACCCAAGACUGGCUCAUGUUAACUUGAAGAAACGAUGACCAUUAAAAGCCCAGUGUAACAAAGGGAAGGUACCCCUAUACUGGUUCAUACCAAGGAAAGCCUGCCAUACAUUUACAAGCCUAUGCUAAGUUGAAUGAGAUUCAUCAACAGAGGCCUGUACUAAUUUGAAAGAGCUACACUCAUUAAAAAAAAAAAUCUGCAAUAACUCAAAAAAGAGCUUUAGCAAUUUAAGCUUGCAUUGACUCAC